AUGACAUCUUAUCAUACUAAUAAAGGUCAUCAUGCUCAUGUUGUUCUUUCAUUUCAAGAUCCACCAGAUUCUUCAAAGAAAUGGAAGAGAACAAUAGCAGGAAAAGGACACUUUAAACGAAAUGGGAUGAUUAGAAGAUUCCCAAUCAAAUUCCCACCUCAUGAAAUGGAUGACAGGGAUCCAGAAAGAAUUACAAAGAUUGCAUCCAAUGUUUCCUAUUCCAUUCUCUCGUUGGUCACUUCAGAACACCUACCAAUCAGAAAGCUGAUGCGUGAAUACGAUUAUCCAGAGAAUACAGCAAAGUCUGAAGCCAAAUACAAAAAAGAUGAAGAACCUGUUGACAUUUCUCAUGCCAAAUAUCAAUCUCUAGUCAUUAAUCACAAUGCUGCAAUGGAAAAUGAAAUAUUAUCUAUAAGAAGAACUACUUUGACUAAUAAUAAUAAUAUUGAUUUAUCUACUUCUACUUCAACUACUUCUACCAAUAAUAAUAAUAACAAUAAUAAUGGAAAUAAUAAUAAUGGAAACAUCAAUAAUAAUGGAAACAAUAAUAAUGGAAACAUAAAUAAUAAUAAUAAUAUCAACAAUAAUAAUAAUUUGUUACCAUCUGCUCAUUCAUUUCUUUCUCCUCCACAAUCAAACAACAAUAGUCAUAUGAAUUCAAUUUCAACUACCAAUUACAUCCAGUAUCCAUAUUCUUCGGGCAUUCCAAGUCCAUUGUCAAUGUCCAAGCAAUCAAACACAUCCACACCCAACGAACAAAGAUCAAAUGAAUUUUCACCCAACCUCAAGUCUUUUCUACCAAUGACACCAAUUGUCAACUAUUUAUCACAACAAGACCAACAGCAACAACAAGGUUACCAAGACCCAUAUCUAUCCAAUAAUAACAAUAAUAAUAAUAACAAUAGCAAUCAAAUGUCUUCAUUCAAGUCAACCUAUAUCGGAAAUAAUCAUAUCAAUAUUAAUAACAUCUAUGUAGGACAAGGUUCUUACAAUUCCCAGUUACCUUCACCACAACCUAUGAUGUUGUUCCAACAACAACAACCAUUACAACAACAACAAUCUCAACCACAACAACAACAACUCUUCAACAAUAAUAACAACAAUCAAUAUGAAAAUCAACAAGAAGAACAAGAAGAUGAAUGGGAUGAUAGAUGGGGAACCGAAGAUGAUUUUGAAGGUUUUCUCAUGAAGGAAUCUUCUACCGACAUUAAGGUUACUCUAUGGGAAAAGCUUAGAUUUUCCAUUAGAAUCUACUAUGAAAAGCCCAACAUCCAACCAAGAGAAACAAAGUCUGCAUACGAUAUGAACGCAGCUCCAUUGCAAAAAGAAGUUGGUGUUGGAUAUCCAGACGGUAGUUAUGAAAACAUGAUGCAUCAAUCACAUCACCAAUUGCCACCACCACCUCCUCACCACAACCAUAAUCACAUCCACCACAAUCAUCAUAACCACCAUAAUCAUCAUCAUCAUCGUUCCAUGGCACAACAACAACAACACCAACAGCAACAACAACAGCAACAACACCAACAGCAACCAAUCUCGUAUUUAUACCAACCACAAUACAUGAGUAAUGGAGGAGAGUAUCAACAGAUGUUUAAUUCUCCACCACAAUCCAUGUCAUCAAUCGCUAUCUACCCUACACCACCAUAUCUCAACAAUCCUCUGCCAUCAUCUCAACAACAAAACCUACAGAACAACAACAUCAACAAUAAUAAUAACAACUCUAACAACAACUCCAACCCUUCCUUGUCAUCAUCGACAUCUGCUCUUAUUCCCACUUCGUUCCUAUCAAACGUGCCAGGAGUAUCUUCACCCAUCCUUCCACCACCACAUCAAUCAAUACCUGCACCUCCAACACACAAUAUCAACAUUGGAAUUGGAACAGCAUCUCCUUCUUCAAUGUGUUUUAUUGAUCAAACAAAGGAAAUUGAAGCCAACAACAGUGGCAACAAUAAUACCUUUAUUCCCGAUCUGAUCUCAUUACCAGAUCAUCAGAACAACAACCGACAUUCAGCUCUUCUCCCAAAUCCUCAACAGCAACGAGCAAGACAAGACCAACAACAACAAGAAGACAAUGGUCAAUCUACUAGAUUACUUAAAAAGAGACUCAGAGAAACAAACGAUGUUGGAGACGAUACAGAAUAA